UACCAUCCUCCCUCAGAAAAUUUAGCUUUUCAAGGUUAUAAGUUAGAAGCUUAGCAAUCACAAAAUAAGAUUUUCUGAAAAUGUCAGUUCAUGGUAAGAUGGAGGCCGAACUAGAAGUCAAGGUUUCUGCAGCCCAGUUUCAUGAAGUGUUCAGCUUCAGACCACACCAUAUCUCCAACAUGACACCUGAUCACAUACAAGGUGUUGAUCUUCAUGAAGGCGAGUGGGGAAAGCAAGGCAAAGUCAUCUCCUGGAACUACGUCCACGAUGGGGUUCCAAAGGUAGCGAAGGAGAGAGUGGAAGCGAUAGAUGAUGUGAAUAACUCAACAUCAUUUAGAGUGAUUGAAGGAGAUAUAUUGAACGAGUACAAGGACUUCUUGAUAACAGUUCAAGCUACUCCAAAAGGCCAAGGAAGCUUGGUGAAGUGGACUUUUGAGUAUGAGAAGCUGAAGCCGGAUGUUCCAGAUCCACAAUCCUUGCUCAACUUUGUAGUUACUGUCUCCAAAGGUAUUGAUGAUCACCAUACCACCACCACCGCCGCUGCCUACAUAAAUGGGGCUUUAUUGGCACCUCACUCUGUCAGAAUCGUGAAUCUAGCUACGAUGAUAUUGGAUUAUCGUUCUACCAAUGUCAAUUGUGUUCUUGUGUGUGAUUGGAACACUCUAUAUUCAACACAAGUGGUUAUGGACAUUGAGUUAAUGUUGCCGCCUAAAAAUGAGCCCAAAAUGAAGCCAUUAGAUAUAACCCAUUGUAGAGAAGACUUUUCCAUUUGUGGCCACUUCACACAUGCACAACUCUCGAGGAGGUUUGUUGUCCCCAACAAUGCAUGCCCAUUGGAAGGGCAAAGGAUUUACUGGAAUUAUUCCAGCAAUUCUACCUCAUCUCCACCAUUGAAUGCAUUAAGUGUAGUAUUGUUAAAUCAAUAUUUUCUGAAAAUGUCAGUUCAUGGUAAGAUGGAGGCUGAACUAGAAGUCAAGGUUUCUGCAGCCCAGUUUCAUGAAGUGUUCAGCUUCAGACCACACCAUAUCUCCAACAUGACACCUGAUCACAUACAAGGUGUUGAUCUUCAUGAAGGCGAGUGGGGAAAGCAAGGCAAAGUCAUCUACUGGAACUACGUCCACGAUGGGGUUCCAAAGGUAGCAAAGGAGAGAGUGGAAGCGAUAGAUGAUGUGAAUAACUCAACAUCAUUUAGAGUGAUUGAAGGAGAUAUAUUGAACGAGUACAAGGACUUCUUGAUAACAGUUCAAGCUACUCCAAAAGGCCAAGGAAGCUUGGUGAAGUGGACUUUUGAGUAUGAGAAGCUGAAGCCGGAUGUUCCAGAUCCACAAUCCUUGCUCAACUUUGUAGUUACUGUCUCCAAAGGUAUUGAUGAUCACCAUACCACCACCACCGCCGCUGCCUAGCUAAGCCAAAUAAAAGCACCCACUACUACUUGUGUGAAAGAAAUAAGAGGUUCAUUGAACCCUAGACUGCUUUUUUGUGUAUGUAUUGGUUGUAUUAUGUGUGUAAUUAAUAUGCAUGUGCGCAUCUUGCAGCAUAAAUGGGGCUUUAUUGGCACCUUACUCUGUCAGAGUAAUGAUGUAUCUAUAUCUGUAUUGUAAGAGUUUGUGUCAGGGUUGUAUUAUGUGUGUAAUUAAUAUACACGUGUGCAUCUUUCAGCAUAAAUGGGGCUUUAUUGGCACCUUACUCUGUCAGAGUAAUGAUGUAUCUAUA